AUGCCUGGGAAAGUGAAGGUUCGAAUUGUGUCGGCCAGAGGCUUGCCUGUUAUGGACCGUUCCAGUGACUUGGCUGAUGCGUUUGCAGAGGUAGGAUAUUAAAAUUAAGUCUAUUUUGAAAAGCUUUGGAAUUUGAGAAUAGAAUCUAGAUCACCAUAUCAAUCACCCGGUGUCCCAGGAAAUAUGGCAUAUGCCCCCUCCAAAAUUUGGCCCCCCUGAGCCAAAUAUCCUAGGAAAUUUCCCCCCCUGGGGGCAAUAUUUCCUAGGAUAUUUGGCCCCCUCUUUGGAAAUUUGGCCUCCCUUUUAGGAUUUGAACAAAUACAUGCAGUACUUCCAAGAAAUAACUUAUCAAAAACAGCAUCCAAGACACAGGUAUCUUGGGUCCACUGUGUGUUUAUGGGUGCCCACGGGUGCGUCUGUCCUGUUGGCGCUGUGGGUCCACCGGGCGCUUGCGGGUGCGUUCAGUGUGCAGGCCUUUGCGUCUGUGGGUGAAGACACAGCUGAGAAAGAGUUCUCUUUGUAGAUCGUUGGAAAUUAUUGUGUUUUGCUUUUCAUAAACAAACCGAAAAACAAAUAAUUCAUGAAAGUGAAUAUCUUAUAAACUUGUCAUUGACAAAUAUAUAUGUGAAAUUUCAGUCUAAAGAAGAUAAUACUGGUAUAACCAGCAUUUCAAAACCUUUAAACAUAAACAUUCGACAACUUAGGCAAUUAGCACAUCACUCAUGGUUACCUAGAAUCUACAUGAAAGCAAGUGGUUAUGAUUUAGUUUUUGCAACAUUUAUUAAGGAAUCUGGAAAUGAGUCAGGGUUUUCACGCUGAAGACAUAAUAAAUCUACAGCGCAGUGUUUAGAAUUUAUGUAAAAUUUACCUUUUGUGUUGGCUUUGUCAUAUGUUAAUGACCACGGUCAAAAACUGUUAAUGACCCAAAUAAUGAGCUCACAGGUCCUCACAAUCAAACCAUUUUGAGAGAUCGCAUCUUAUAAGAUAUUACAAAUUAUUUUUAACCAGAUCCAUACUCUACAGUAUAGACUAUAAUUAAAUUAACUGAGAAAAACAAGAAUUUUAGGCAGCCGAUGUUUGAUGACAUCAUGUGUCAGCGAAUAUGGACAGAGCAGUGACAAUGUAGAUAAUGGUAAUUAAUAUACUCGUUUCUAAUAAUUACCAGCAAUUAGAGUAAAAUUAAUUUUUUAAUCAAUUUUAAGAUUAUUCAAUUUUUUGAUUUUAUGAUCCAUGUUUCUGAGGGGAUGAUUUCCAAAGAGGGGGUCCUCUUCUAGGAAAUAUCUGUGGGAGAGGGCCAAAUUUCCUGUGACACUGCCACCACCUUUUUUAUCACGGAGGGGGGGGGGGAUUUCCUGCGACACCCGGCACCAUCAAGCUCAGACAUAACACAAAAAUGAGAUCCCAUUGAACACUGCGAGCAACAACCUCAUACCCAGAGUUGUGCGAGCAACUCAAAUUUAUUCUAUUUGUUAUUUGACAUUUUGAUUCAAUAUUUAUUGUCAUUCCAGCUUAACCCAUUAGAGUGCGAGACUCUCUCCUUGACAAGUAAAAUCGGCUGGCAUUAGACCGAGUAAAAGGAUAAAGUAGGGCGCAUUUGGGCGCAUUGCUGCUCAAUGGGUGUCGAUUGUGUAUUCCCAAAAGUCACAGUUAUUUUGUAUAUUUGAAUUGUUUUGGUUUAGGUGAAGUUGGGAAACAUGGUAUACAAAACGGAAGUGUGUAAAAAGUCUUUAAACCCUAUUUGGAACUCUGACUGGUACAGGUUUGAA